AACCCAUCUCUCACUCACUCACUCAGUUGUUGUUGUUGUUGUUGGGCCAUGGAAGAAGAACAAAGGUGUGCAACAAUGCAGAGUCCAAGCACAGAGGAAAGAGAUGCGGACACCAAAUCCAGAAAGGGAGGCCUCCUGAGCAUGCCCUUCAUCAUAGCCAACGAGUCGUUCGAGAAAGUGGCGAGCUACGGGCUGCUCCCCAACAUGAUAGUGUACUUAAUGAAGGAUUACAACAUGGGAUUCGCGGAGGGGAAUAACAUCCUCUUCUUCUGGUCUGCGGCUAUCAAUUUCAUGCCUCUCCUUGGCGCGUUUCUCUCGGAUUCUUAUUUGGGUCGGUUUCUAACCAUUGGGCUUGGCUCCAUUGCUAGCUUCCUGGGCAUGUUACUUCUAUGGCUAACGGCGAUGAUUCCGGCGACGAAACCACCGGUCUGCGACCAGCUCCACCCGGAAACCUGUCGAUCUCCAACGGCAGCCCAAUUGACCCUUCUUGCCGCUUCCUUCACGCUAAUGUCCAUUGGAGCUGGCGGUAUCCGGCCGUGCACUCUGGCUUUCGGCGCCGACCAAAUUGACCGGCGGGAUGAUCCUAACAACAAGAGAAUACUGGAGAGAUUCUUUGGAUGGUACUACGCAUCGGCUUCAUUUUCGGUUCUGAUUGCAUUGACCGGAAUCGUUUACAUUCAAGAUCACGUCGGUUGGAAAGUGGGUUUCGGCGUUCCGGCGAGCCUUAUGCUAGUGGCCACCGUUUUGUUCUUUGCAGCCUCGUCAAUUUACGUGAAACAAAAGGCGACAAAGAGCUUGUUUAGUAGGUUAGCACAAGUCGCCGUCGCGGCGUUCAAGAAUCGGAAAAUAGCUCUCCCGUCGGCGUCGGCGUCGAAUAAGUGGUUUUAUCAUACGGAUUCUUGUUUUACUCAACCCUCUGAUAAGCUCAGAUUUUUGAACAAAGCAUGUGUGGUGAAGAAUCCAGAGCAGGACAUAGCAGCAGACGGCACAGCUGCAGAUCCAUGGAGUCUGUGCACGGUGGAGCAAGUCGAAGAACUCAAAACCCUAAUCAAAGUGAUACCCAUUUGGUCCACCGGCGUGAUGAUGUCGAUCAACAUCAGCCAGAGCUCAUUUCCUCUUCUUCAAGCUAAAUCCAUGGACCGUCACAUCUCCUCCACUUUCCAGAUUCCGGCGGGCUCCUUCGGCACCUUUGUCAUUAUCACCAUAGUCAUCUGGGUCAUUCUCUAUGAUCGAGCUAUUCUCCCUCUUGCCUCCAAGAUUCGAGGAAAGCCAGUCCAUUUCGGAGUCAAAUCUCGAAUGGGAGCUGGCUUGGUUUGCUCUGCUAUGUCCAUGGCGCUUUCGGCCAUCGUUGAGAAUAUCCGCCGCGGAAAAGCGAUAAGACAAGGCAUUGUGGAUGACCCCAACGCUGUCGUGAACAUGUCGGCUAUGUGGCUGGUUCCGCAGCAUUGUUUGAACGGAUUGGCCGAAGCGCUAAAUGCGAUUGCCCAAACAGAGUUUUACUACUCUGAAUUCCCCAAGACAAUGUCCAGUGUUGCUUCUUCGCUGUUCGGAUUGGGAAUGGCGGUGGCUAAUUUGUUGGCGAGUGCGAUUAUGAGCACUGUGGAUAAUGUGACUUCAAAAGGGGGAAAAGAGAGCUGGGUUUCGAAGAACAUAAACAGAGGGCAUUUCGAGAAUUACUAUUGGCUGCUUACGAUUCUGAGUGUGAUCAAUGUGUUGUAUUAUGUUGUUUGUAGCUGGGCUUAUGGACCGAGUGUGGACCAGAGAAGAACCGCCAUGGAUGACGGCAAGAUCAGCUCCCACGAGGAAGAGUUGUCGAUGUUGGAAGCUAGAGUAAAGGAAGAAGGAGAGUUGCAGAAGCCCAAGGAAUUGCAGGCUUGAAUAUGGAGUUGUGUGGGUGUGUGUGUGUGUGUGUGUGUAUAUAUGUUCUUUUUGUGGUCUCAGUGUAAUAUUUGUUUGAUCAAACAGCCAAAAAGGGGCAUAAUCAUAUUUGAUAUAUAAUCCUAAGCUUGCAUUUGAGAUU